AUGCGAUUCUUGGCGUUGGUGGUCUCGGCCGCUGCGGUGCUGGCGAGUGGGCUGGACAAGAGACAUGGGCAUCAUGGGGAGACGACUACCCUGGUGACUUAUACGACUGUUACGACGUGUCCCAUCACGGCUACGGAGACUCAUGAGGGAACAACCGUUCUCGUCACCAAACUCACCACGUCGACUCUCACCAUCACCGCCUGCCACGGCUGCAGCGGCGGCAUCGUCACGGUUCCUGGCCCGGUCGUCACCGAAGGCACCACCACUGAAGUUGAAAUCACCUACACUACUGUGUGCCCGGUCACGGAAACCGUCACAGCCCCGGGGACCACCUACUUGACCACCAAGACCGUGACCAGCAGCGUCGUGACCAGAGUGCCUACCACUCUUUACGAGACGGUCAAGCAGCCGGAUGCCACAAAGACGGAGACGGACUACGAGGUCUCCACAAUCACCAGCCUCUGUCCUGUAACCCAGGUGACCACAAUUGAGGGACACGAGCAGACUGUCACGUACACCACCAUCAGCCUCAUAACCACCCGGGUCCCCGUCACGUACCAAGAGACUGUUUCAGAGCCCGACAAGACCAAGACGGCCAUCGAGGGCAUCACCUCGACAAUCACUAGUCUCUGUCCCGUGACCCAAGUCACCACCAUUGAGGGCAAAGAAACGACAAUCACCAAGACAACCGUCUCGCUCAUCACCACGGUUAUACCCACGACCAAGCUCGAGACGGCCGUCGGGCCCGAUGUCACCAAGACAGAGGUGGAAGGCAUCACGUCGACUAUCACCAGUCUGUGCCCUGUCACUCAAGUCACCACCAUUGAGGGCAAAGAGACGACAAUCACCAAGACAACCGUCUCGCUCAUCACCACGGUUAUACCCACGACCAAGCUCGAGACGGCCGUCGGGCCCGACGUCACCAAGACAGAGGUGCAAGGCGUCACGUCGGUUAUUACCAGUCUCUGCCCCGUCACCCAAGUCACCACCAUUGAGGGCAAAGAAACGACAAUCACCAAGACAACCGUCUCGCUUAUCACCACGGUUGUACCCACGACCAAGCUCGAGACGGCCGUCGGGCCCGACGUGACCAAGACAGAGGUGCAAGGCAUCACGUCGAUCAUUACCAGCCUCUGCCCCGUCACCCAAGUCACCACCAUCAAUGGCAAAGAAACGACAAUCACCUUCACCACCACGAGCCUCAUCAAGACCGUGGUCCAAAACACGGUCGAGGAAACCGUUACUCGACCGGGCGCCACCGUCACUGCCACCGACGUGGUCUUGACGACGCUCACUAGCCUCUGUCCCGUCACCCAGGUCACGACCAUCAACGGAAAAGAGACGACCAUCACCACGACCGUCACCAGCCUCAUCGAGACCCAGGUCCCCGUCACAGUUGUCAAGACUAUCCAAGUUCCAGACGUCACGGCCGUGCGCACCGACGUUGCCUACCAAACCGUCACGAAAGAAGUGCCCAUCACCCAGGUCAUCACCCAGGGCGGACAGGAAGUCACGGUUGUUCAGACCAAGACAGAAAUCGUCGAGGUUCAGCACUCCAGCAUCAUCUACGAGACCGUCACUGCGCCGGGCGAGACGGAAACCUCUGUCCACGUGAUUACCGUGACGCAGAGCGAGGGCGUCGUCGUCACCUCGACUGUUACGGAGACGGGCGCCCAUGCCACGACUGAGGUGGAGAGCACAAACACGCUUACCCAGACAGUACCGUCAAGCACAAUCGUGGUGACCCAGACCACGGGGCUUCCCGUCACUGCUGGGGCGAGGGUCGACCAGGUUCCAAGAAUGGCCUUCCUUGCCGGCCUACUCGGUGCUGUUGCCAUGAUUUAA